CUCAUAUGGUAGAGCGCCCGCUUCGCAUGCGGGAGGUACGGGGUUCGAUUCCCCGCAGCUCCAUUUAUUUUUAUAUUUUUGCACUCCACCGACGGAGUUGCCCUUUCAUUCCCCCGCCAGUUUCAGCCUCUCGUUCCUCAUCCUUUCUUUCGGCAGCUCUACUACCCAAUUCUCCUAAAGCCGGAACUCCGCCAUUUCCCGAAUUUCGAACUCUCCCCGUCGUUUUCUAACCGAUUCCGAUCAACGAACAAUUCUCAGUGCUAUGACUCUCAACUUGGGUUCCCCAACGCUCUAUCGCCUCCUCCACCCUCCCGCUCCUCACCUCUCCAAGCUCCGCGACGCCUCUCUUCCAACCAACACUCUCCUUACUCUCUUACUAGCCACCGCCGCUGGCUUCCGAACCACCGGCUUCCGCGCCUCUCCUAAAACCUUUAGAGCCAGAGCUUCGCUCGGCGAAGCAGCCGCCGCCUGCAACUUGUUCGAGGACAAUGCGUUGCUCCUACGAGUCUCUUCUGCUAAAGACGCCGAUGAGGCCUUGGAGAUAGUAGCUGAGCUGACGCAGCGGAGCAGCGGCGUGGUUGGCGUGCAAGACUGUUGUUCGAUUAUAAACGCCGCGCUUGAUCGGAACAAUUUUGAGCUGGCCUUGUCUGUUUUCUACGCCAUGCGUUCGAGUUUCGAUCAAGUUGUUAGUGAGAAUGACGGUUUGGUUCAGAGAUGGAAAUGGUCGAGGCCGGAUGUUAGUAUUUACACGGCUUUAGUGCGGGGCCUCGCUGCGUCGUUGAAGGUCUCGGAUGCGCUUAAAACGAUUGAUUACAUUUGUCGAGUCGGAGUGUCUCCUAGUGAAGAGGUGCCUUUCGGAAGGGUUGUUAGGUGUCCGACUUGUUUCGUUGCUGUUGCAGUUGCACAACCACAGCAUGGGGUUCAGAUUGCAUCCUGUUCCAAGUGCCGCUAUCAGUACGAGCUAGUUUCUGGAGACAUAACUAGUAUCAGCUCAGAAGAAAUCAGCAUGGAUCUUCCUGCAUGGGAAAGAGGGCUAAGGUUUCUGCAAGUAAUGAAGCGAAGAAUUCCUGCAGCUGUUCAUUCUAUUGUGGUACAGACACCUUCUGGUACAGCACGUACACAAAGGUUUGCUACUGAAACAGUCGAUCUCCCAGCCCAAGAAGGGGAAAGGGUAACUAUUGCAUCAGCUGCUCCAUCCAAUGUAUACCGAAGCGUGGGACCCUUCAAAUUUAGUCCAAAGGCCUCUAAUGUCUAUCCCGGGGAGCCUAUGUGCCUUACCAACCAUGUUAAUGGCCGGGAGUCUCCACUGUUGAGAGCUCCUGCGAAAGAUGGGAGACUAUCCUUGCUUAAUCCUGCUGUGCUUAUUCCUCUUGCUGCAGUUCUGGCAACUGGAGAUGUUGCAUCAGGAAUGGUUGACCCCAGCUUACCUCAGUUACUUUCAGUUGCUGCGUUUACAUCUGUUAGUGUUGGGGCAGCCCUAAAUACGUUAGUUUUGCCUCAGAUGAAUCAGCUUCCUCAGAGGUCAGCUGAUGCCAUAUCUAUCAAACAGCAGCUAUUGUCUCAAUAUGACGUCCUCCAGGCCCGCAUCAAGGAUCUAAAAGAAGCUGCUGAAAAGGAGGUUUGGAUGUUAGCUCGCAUGUGCCAGCUCGAGAACAAGAUAUUUGCUGUAGGAGAACCUUCUUAUCGUGCCAGAAGAACUAGAGUGAAAAAGGUCCGUGAAGGCUUGGAAGACUCCCUCAAAGGGCGGAUUGAACUUAUUGACAGCUAUGCUAGAAUUUCCUCAAUGAUUGAAAUUGAGGUAGAAAUGGACUCUGACGUUCUUGCUGCUGAAGCGGUUGGCAAUGCAGAAAGCAUUGCUGAACAGAUAGAGCAAAUCAUGGAGCUGGAAGAUCUUGAAGAGAGGUGGAAGCUACAAGCAGAAGCAAAUGAUGAAGCCGAAAGACUCCUUGGUUCUCAAACAGUGCCUGCCGAAUGGCUUUAAAUUACUGCUCAUCACACACACAGAUAUUAACCAAUCCCAACACCCACAAUUUCUGGUUGACAUACGCCUUCUGCGCCAACGGUAAAACCAGCUUCACUCGUAGAAACGAGUAUCCUAGAGACGCUGAACGUUUUCCAGGAUCAUCGGUCGUGUUCCCAAGCAGUAGCGAGUAGAGAUGGACAAAAACCUGCUCUGCCUUGGGAACUAUGCUGCCGCAGCUGCUGAGGUACUGUACUUAAUACGAAUUACUGCAAAUCUACUCUUUUAACGUUCAAGGUUGCCCCCCCGUCUCCCUUAAGUCAUCCCAUAAUAUUGUAAAUGUUAGCUUCUGUCUUGCAGUCUUGGAAAUGUACUCGUAUUGAAAUCUGAAUGAGCCUUCUCUUGGUAAGACUUCUUUGGUGGUUGUCAUUUAUACAUGAUUUUAAGAGAUUAUGUAUUUCGUAGAUGGAAUCAUAAGAAUGUGUUCUGUGAUAGUUUGUUGGAAUUGCAACGGUGGAGUGUGAAAAGUGAAGUGUUUGGUUUUCGUACUAGAUUCAGGCAAGAAAGAUGACGAUGAAUUGUCACAACCAUGUGUGUUUUCAGAAUCCCUGAUUAUCAGACAACCUCUCUUAAUCUUAUUGCUUGGACGGUUCACUUUUAAGCCGACCGCUUGGUUCGAUGAAUUACCUUGUGCUAGGAGCUUGUGAUCUCACUUUGCUUGUGUUUCACGAAACAUUUCCUCACGUUUUACAAUGUCCAGCUGGACGGUUUAUAUCCAUAUAUCAUACAUGUAGAAAAGUGGUCCUUGUAUUGAUUGACGCAGAGAAGAAGAGGCAGUUAAAUUUUUGACAAGGAAGCUUUGUGUACAACUUAAGAAAGGCCGUCGGCACUUUUAGUUUUAUCCACUUUACUCCACAGGUUUGUCUCGCUUCCUUUCUCCUUGUCACGAGUCUAUAGGUAUUAAAAAUUUAAAAUACAGACUGAAAUUGUACUCAAGAGCUCCCCCAAAAGGAAAAGGUUAAAAGCCUACAGUUAGGACAUUGGAGGGGCACUUUGAGUCGAGGAGAGACCCUUGUGGGUUUCAACCUGUUCUUUGCUGUAAAGACAAAAAAACCACCCUACCAUCCAGUUCACGUAAUUGGGUUCUUUUUUUUUUUUUUUUUUUUUUGUGGUGGGUGUCCUGAGCUGGCUACUGGAGUGAUUGGGUGAGACGCACAUUCCCUUGAAAUUUUGCUGUCCUGUUUCUUGGUCUCCUGUUAUACUUUUGAGCCAUAUAGUCCAGAAGCAAAAGUCUCCCUUUUCACUGUAAAGAAAGCUGUAUUAGUUUAUAACUAGAGACUAGGUUAAUUAGCGUUAUCCUUCUGGUCUGCACCGUCCUUUGUUCUGUCUAACUUUCGAAACAUCGACUCAAGUUCAUAUUCGAGGUUAACGGUCCUUUUGUUAUUUACUGUAUUACCCUGACAGUCUGAGUAUAUAAAUCAUGUUAGAGGAUGAUAUAAGAUCUAGCAGAACUUUUUCCCAACAAUUAGAUUAGUUGUUGGGAUCAACUGGUUCAUGACAUGGUAUCAGAGUUGGUUUGGCCAAGUGGUCGUGUGUUCGAAUCUUCACGACCCUCAAUAUUAACAUUUGAUUAAAAAGCAUAAGGUAUGGUGAGCCUGUGCAAACUUCAAGCCCAUGAGUUGGCUUUUGUUUGAGGGGGCGUGUUAGAGAAUGAUAUAAGAUCCAACGGAACCUUCUCCCAACAACACGAGUUAUUGUUGUUGGGACCAAUUGGUUAAUGACAAAUCGACUAUUGUUGCAUGCGACGGUAAUAUAAAUACAUGUUUCCUUUAAUACUCCAUUAUGAUCUCAACUUUGCUCAAUCGUAUUACUUUUGCUCAAAUUUUUAAAUAGCCCAACUUUCAUAAUCUACAAAGACUCAAUUAGUGUUGUUAACCCUACAAGGCAUGACGUGGUACAUCAAAUCCAGCCUUUAUUUCCCCUUCUUCGUUCUAUGCCGGCCAUUUGGGGUUUGUUUCUCAAGAGUCUUCUUGGUCGGUGGGGCUGGGGGUGGAGAAUUGACUUCUUGUAGUUCUGGAGUGAUCGGACGAAAAGGAGACUAACGAAAAUUUAUUUGCUCAUUCCCGUGUGCCGUGCCGUUGUUCACCUCCACGCAGUAGAAAAAUGACAUAAACAGCCCACCGCUCAUUACGUACCGACACACUGACGAGCACGAACUGAUAAGGUUUUCAGUUUUCGUGGAAAGUGUGGAGGGCAGAAUACCAAUCCAUAUCCAUCUAACCAUUUCCACCUAAACCCAAAUUCUGCGUCACGCAGAUCCCCUGAAAAAGAGUGAAAGAGAAUACGAUUUGGUUUGGCGCCUUGGCGGUAUACUGUGUUAGUGUACUUGCUACUUAGUUCCGGUCUUGCUGGUUAAAGGGUUUCGACCCCAUAAGUUAAUGCUUAAUAACAAUAUCCUUUUAUUAACUUGAUCCAGUUUCCAUAGAAAAUAUUUGCAUUUUGUUGAUCUUUUGUUGUUCAAAGUCUUGAUUUUAGGGUAAAACGAUUUCAACGGUUGCAACUCAUUUAGAGCAGAUACAAUUAAAAAAAAAGAAAAUUUAGGGCGAUUACAAUUAAAGUUGACUUGUUGAGUUGAUGUUGUCUUCUUUAAUGUUAUAAUGGGUUAAUUAUUUACUAUAUGACAAGGAUAACCUUGUUGUGAUGACAUAUAUAGUGCAAUUUUGUUACUUGUGAGUCCUAUUUUCUGUGAAUUAGUAUUCAUAUAAAAUCUCAAAUCAAAGUGCCAUUAGAACAAAAUAGGUAUAUUGGUUUGCAUAAUUGUUUAUGGCCAUCUAUAAGUUUGUGCAAGACAUGGAAAUAUGGUUGAUCUAUCUUCCUUUUCUUUUCUAAAAAAACUAAUGGCGUGGAUUAAGAAGAAUUAGAAGCACCUGUUCUAAAAAGAAUAGGUCGACUACCUUAGCGCUAAAUGGUGUAAUCAAAUAAUGAAUGAAUGAAAUGAUGGCUGCUUUUCAUUGGGCUUGAUUCACUGUCUUAGAACUCUUAAAUUACAAUUAACAUAUUAUUAUUGUUAUUAUGGACCAAUCGAUAAAGACAGCAUAAUAAUAAUAAUUGGAUAAACCAUAUGGGGGACAUGUGAAAUCACAAGAAGAAGAAGAAGAAAACUAAAAGGGCUAAAUUGGCAGAUGAUGCAGAGGUUGGUUUGGUGUUGUCUUCAGGUAAAGACGCUACCCUAAGGAACUGCAACUGCAAAUUCAGGUCUCAUCUACCAUUCCUUCCCACCAUCGAGGAAGAUGGGAAAAAAAUGAAAGAAAAUAACACUAAAACUAAACAUAAGAGAAGAAGUAACAUGUGCAAAAGUACAAAGGAAGUAGAUUCCUUAUGUGAUGCCUUACAUAUUCUUUUGAAUUCAAUCCAUAUAUAGUUAGUUAACCCCAAGUUAAAGAAAGGUUUGGAGCUUAGUCCACACAAUUAGGGUCUUUAAGCUGAGAUUUUUUUUAAUUACAUGAUUCCAUCCACAUGUGAAGUGAAGAUAAUUGAGAUUGGUAUUCAUAAUUGGGGUUCUAUGUGUUAGUGAGUAUUGCAAUGGCAUAUACUCAAUGAUCAAUCAUUAACUACCGUUUUAUUUCGAAAGUUUCAUAGGUUCCACCAAAUUGGUCAAAGACCAUUCUUGUUUCGGCCUUUGCACGUAUCUGGUUGGUGUAAGGUUGAAUAUGUCAAGUCAUACCUUGUAGAGAAGUCGUAACUGAAAUAUCUUAUUUUUGUCCACUCCUCGGAUAAUUUUAUUUUAUCCACAGUUCACGUUUUGGAUGGUUGCAUACUAGCAAUUUAGGGGACGGUUUCAUAAUGUUGGCAUGAUUGAUAUGUAUUAUUCUUACACAUGUAUAAUAAUAUCAAGUUCCGCCAUGCUUGUAUCACGGUAUCUAGAGACCGUGUUUAACCUAAAAUAAUUCUAGUGUUUAGCCAUUGAUAUUCACAUAACUUAGUGUUUCUCUCAACUCCGAAUGCUCCAGAAAGUGCUUUGCUGCACCAAUGGCCCUCCGCAUUGAAGGCCAUUUCUUUGCAUGUUUUAAGUUGAUUUGAUGUGUUUUUCCUUUAAGUACAUGCAAUUACUAUGAGGAGAAACAGAAGAGGGAAUAAGACACCUUAGGAUUCUUGUGGUCAAUAAACUCUGAAUUAGGGUUUGGAGGCUAAACCUUUUGACUUUUAUGAGAAGGGGCUUAGCAUGAGUUCGUUGAGUUCUUAGGUGCAGACUGUAGAAUGGGACUCCAAGCCCUUAAUAAGAAAUUAAGUUGUAAGGAGGUAGGUGUAUUUAGGACUUAUAGAAACAACCUUAGUUCAAACUCUAUACAGAGUAAUUUAGAUUUUUAGGUGGAUUAUAAAUUUAUAACUUAAUGUGACAUUUAUAGUGAGAAAAGUUAUGAAUUACAAUUUUGUUAGAGAGAGAGGGCUAAAGAAUUUGGGUUUGUUAGGUAUAUACCUAAUUUAUUGAACCACUUUAAUUCACUUCGACGCGAAAAAUGUUCAAAGAGUUUGGUCUAAACUGACUUGAACCUAAUAACACUUCUCGCUAACUAGGAUUUAAAUUACUCUUAGGGGGGAAAGCAAACCCACUAAGCCCGAUAUCAAGCAUUUGGGAUCCUUGAUUGGAUUGAGUUCACUAAACAUGAUGACUUCAC